AUAAAAGGCGCGUGUUCUUCGCCUCUGUCUGUAGAAGAAAAUUCAGAGAAGUGCUUCGUCGCUCCCCAGUCAUAAAGAGAGAGAACUCAGAAUAAAAUUUAACCCAACCAAAAAAAAAAAGGAGAAAAAAAAAAAAGACUUAGAAAGAUGGCAUCUUUUGACAGUUUUAGCGUCGACGGCGAUGCUCCAUCGGCGACGAGGUCGUUCGACGACGAAAGCUACGGCGGGUACGACUCUUACACUGCGUUUUCCUCUGCCGAUACUCCUCCCUUCCACGGCAGCUCCGGCGGAGGAUUUCCCCCAAGCUUUGGAGAAGAGGAAGUCACCGUGGAGCACUCUGUUGAGAGCCCCGAUCCGUUCGGAUUUGGUUCGAAUCAGGAUCCGGACCAAGGAUACUCCCCUGCUGCGCCUUUUGGAGCUCCAUCAGUUCCGGUUUCGAACGGGAAUGGCAAGCCUUAUGACCUUGGGGAUGAUUCGGAAGGGAUUUUCAGCUCCGACGGACCUAUUCUUCCUCCUCCCAAUGAGAUGCAAGAAGAAGGCGCUGCUCUCAGGGAAUGGCGUCGGCAAAAUGCUAUCAGACUAGAGGAGAAGGAGAAGUUGGAAAAGGAGAUUAGGAACCAAAUUAUUGAAGAGGCCGAAGAAUUCAAGCGGGCCUUCUACGAGAAAAGAAAGGUUAACAUUGAGACCAACAAGAACAACAACAGAGAGAAAGAGAAGCUAUAUCUCUCAGGCCAAGAAAAGUUUCACAAGGAGGUGGAUAAGCAUUACUGGAAAGCCAUUGGAGAAUUGAUUCCCAAUGAGGUGCCAAAUAUUGAGAAAAGGAGGGGCAAGAAGGAACAAGAAAAGAAGCCAUCGAUCACAGUCAUUCAAGGACCAAAGCCUGGCAAACCUACUGAUCUUUCCAGGAUGCGCCAUAUAUUAGUGAAGCUUAAGCACAAUCCCCCACCUCAUAUGAUGCCACCUCCACCCGCCAAGGAUGAGAAAGCUGGAAAGGAUGCCAAGGAUGCUAAGAAUGCAAAGACCAAGGAUGGAAAAGCUCCAGAAGCUACUUCUAACGGUUCUGCUGCUGGUGAAUCAUCUACUUCCCCUACAAAAGAUGCCACUACCAAUGGCUCUACUCCCGCAUCUACUGAAGAAGCUGCUCCCGUUGACCAGCCUGCUCAAUAAUUUUCCAAUUGGAGUUAGUCUACAAUUCACCAGCCACAUUUUUCGUGUUUAUGCCCUUCACUAUCACGAUAUUAUUUAAUUUUUCAAUUUGUGAAUGUCUUCUGAUUAAGUCUGGUUCAUGGAUCUGAUGACUAUGCAGACCUGGUUCUGUGUUUUUUUAAAAAAAAAUUUGUUGUAUUACUUUUAAGAUUUUCUUUAUUUGUCAGAGUCCUAUAUUUGCAGUGCAGUUGGGCAGCAAUAGUUUUUCCUCCGUAUAAUGAAUCAUGGAUCCUAUUCUUCUGAAAUUAUAUGUCAGUAUGUUUUGUUGCAUCCGUCAUUUAGUACAAGUGUACAACAAUGCAACUGUAUGUAGGCGAAUUUCACCUUCCUUUUUCAUGUCAUAUUUCAUAGGCGGGGAUGAGGACUUCAUAUAAUGGAAUGAAACUUUUAUCACCGGUAAUUGUUGUUCGUCAUGAAAUUGUUGAAGCCGCAUUAUUUUGAAUGGUUUAAGCCGUGGUUUGUCAAAUUCCCUGGCACCAGAUAGCAUUGUGAAGUGGUCCAACAAAAUGCGUAUGAAUACAUCUUUCCAGAUAUGUAGGGUUGACAAGGGUUGUUUGUUAGGAAAAACCCUCUUUUUUCUGAGGUCUUUUGCACGGUUGUACUUUGAUUUAGUGCACCGGAUCAAUAAUAGUAGGCAUCAAAGUUUGUGCAUUUGAGAAAUUAUUCAGUGCAGCUGCUGUACCACGUAACAUUAUGCAGCCAGACACAAUAAUAGAGGUAAAGUAAUAAUUUUAGGGGGAAGAGAGAUAAUUUCUACGAGAGUUAUAUCACUAAAAUAGGGAUACUAGUACUUGAUGCACUAAAAACCAGGAUACAACAGCUGUACCCAAUAAAGGAUACAACAGUUGUACCCAAUAAUUUUUCUGUGCAUUUAGACAAUGAAAGUUAUGCUUUACCUUCACUAUAGUAUAAACCGUACAAAUAUUGGUGUAGUUGCUCAAAUUAGACCAGUGGUUCACAGUUUUACCCGAAGUAGGUGAUUGAUUAUAACUGGUAUCGGCUUCCCAGUGGUUGGAUGGGAGUUGCUUGGCUUCAGAAGGAAAAUAAAAGUCGGUCACACGUUCACAUGCAUGAUUCUACCAACGAUCCAGGGAUUACAGACAGAUUACCUCGAGUAUUGCUUACCUAAAUUCUUUUUCCUUUUUUAUUUGUUUUUGUUUCUCCAUUAUUUUUUCGGCUGUCUCUUCUAUUGAUGUGUGCAAGUCUGAUGAACGCCAUCCAACUUUAAUAGAUUACUUGACCAAAUAAGACAUCCGAAAAGGCGACAUGAAUGCCCAUUAUGCACUCCUGAAUUUCAUGAAUCACUGAUAAAGCCACCUCUUUGUAAACAACCAUCAACUAACUACUAUCAGAUCAUAUCCAAACUAAGACAAAUGCAAGCAACUAAAGAAGUGAAUACGGGUAUAACAACUGAUUUAUCAUUGAAGCACCCAAUUUACCGGAUUUAUGGUCCCAUAUGUGUGAUCCACCGUGAAAUGGUGAUAUACAACACUUCCCUCAAAUCCCCAACCAAACUCUUGUCCUUAUUUUAUCAACAUCUGAAAAUAAAUCAAGGCCAAUCAAUUAUAGCCACUGGGGAAUCAAACCUUAUAAGAAAA